AUGGAAGAGGGGCGUGCCAACACCACCUCUUCCUCAAGCGGGGGCAAUGCAUCAUCAUCACAGCAGGAUCUGGGCAGCUCAACGGGAGUGACCAGCUCCAAUGGUGGCCAAAUUGCAGCGCAGCGCACACGCACCGUAGAGAAGGACGCUAGUGGGCAAGGCUUUGGUUUGGCAGGGCAUGGUGCACCGCCACGUCGCAUGACGAUGCGUAGCGAUGGAGCAGCUCGCAGCUUUCAUGACCUCUUUACGCCGGAGAAGCGCCUCAAGCCUGCGCCCAACAGCUGGCAGUCCUUCAAGAACAUUAUAUUCCUCUCCCCUCUCAACAUCCUCCUGCUCUGCAUUCCCAUCUCUUGGGCGCUGUACUUUGCUCUCGAUCUGGGAGACAAUAUUCCAGGAGAGGACUGCAAUGCUCACAUCAAGAACAACGUAGGCGUCUUCGUCACCGCCUUCUUGGCUAUCAUGCCCCUCGCACAGCUGCUCAGCUAUGGUACUGAGGAGAUUGCUCUGCGAGUUGGACAAACGCUUGGUGGGCUCAUCAACGCCACAUUGGGCAAUGCCGUCGAGCUCAUUGUCGCCAUCAUCGCUCUGUUCCACUGCGAGCUCACCAUCGUGCAGACAUCCUUGAUUGGCUCUGUCCUCUCCAACCUGCUCCUCGUGCUGGGCACCUGCUUCUUCGUUGGUGGGCUGCGCUUCAAGGAGCAGGAGUUCAAGCAGACUGCUGCUCAGCUGAACAGCGGUCUACUCGCCAUGGCAGUCAUUGCCGUCUUGAUCCCAGCAGGGUUCCACGCGACGCUGGGCGACAACAUCAUGGAUCCCAUGGAGAGAGAUGAUCUGCUCAAGGUCUCGAGGGGGACGAGCAUCAUUCUCCUCGUCAUCUACGGCGGGUACCUGUUCUUUACGCUUUCAUCGCACAAGUCCCUGUACGAAGACGACGACCCAGAGGAGGAGGAACAGCCAACCCUCAACCUCACCAUGGCAAUUGUUCUCCUCGUCGUCUCCACUGCCCUCGUCGGCGUAACAUCCGAAUGGCUAGUAGACACAAUCGAUGGCGUGACCUGCACGGGCAACAUCUCCAAGACGUGGGUCGGUCUCAUCCUUCUACCCAUCGUAUCAAACGCCGCCGAGCACGUUUCGGCGGUUACGGGCGCCUACAAAGCCAAGAUGGAUCUUGCGAUGGGCAUCGCAGUGGGCAGCUCGAUUCAGAUUAGCAUCUUCGUCAUUCCGCUGCUCACGAUCAUUUCGUGGAUUGCGAGCAAGCCGCUUAGCCUCUUGUUCGAUCCCUUUGUCGCCAUCUUGCUCUUCUUGGCCGUCCUGGUGGUCAACUACGCGAUUGCCGAUGGGAAGAGUAACUAUAUGGAGGGUUUCGUCCUGAUGAUGGUUUUCCUGGUCAUGGCCCUCGUAGCGUGGUUCAUCCCUGACCCGCAGGACGGAUCGCAACUCUUUCCAGACUCGGCUUGCCGCAUCUGA